AUGGAAGAACCCAAAGUUGAAGAUGACCGCAUCCCCGUCCUAAAGAUGGAAGAUCUGUACUCUGAAAAUAACAGUAUCCCGUCCAAGCAGUCUCCCACAUUCGACACCCCGAUCAUCAGCGCAGUCAGUCUCCCGCCUGGAUACUGGGCCCAGAUGGCCAAAGGAUGUGAUUUAAGAUUUGGGAGGCGAGCUAUUCGGACACCAGGAACGCUUCUGUAUAGCAUGAGAGACCUCCCUGCUAGAAGAGAGCCUACAUUGCGGGCUCCAAACCGCCACAAAAGGAUUUGGCCCAUGAACGGGCGAGAUUUGUUUGAGCUCAUCAAUCAAAAGCCUCAAAAUACCGAGGCUUUGUAUGCCCAGGUAGUUGCCGAUGAGGUUCUCGAGGGUCAGGCAGCAUGCACCAACUGCUUGGCUGGAGAUGGUCUCUACACCGUAUGUGUCAGAGUCCCUGGUCAAUACCAUUGUGCAAACUGUCACCAUGGGCGGCAACAAGGCCGGUGCAGCUUGCGGCCCGCGACAUCCUCGGGAGUGAAGGAAAACAACCCAGAAAGAGAGAGAAACAGUCCGUUACAAGGGACUGAGCGAGUCGGCCAAGAUACAGAGGCUCGAAACAUUGAGAUCGCCGAGAAAAUCGGAAAUCUGAUCCUAGCAGAGGAGAAGGAACUUAUGCGGCUACAGGAUAUGAUUGCGAAAAAGGAGGAUUUAAUUCAAACGUUGAAGGCGAUCAACGAGAGUCUGGGUGUUUCUCCAUAA